CGUAGACAUACUACUAUAUGGACAUCGUUUCGGUCCAUAUCUAUAUAUAGCUGCAGCUUCUUCGUCUAGUCGGGUCCCUCGCCUAAAUAUAUUAUUAUUAUACAUAUUUAUACUGUUUAAUACGUAUGUUAUGCAUGUGUAAUUUGUGUAUUCUAUCCGUAUAAAUAAAUAUAUAUCAACUAUAGUAAAUGAGAUAGAUAAAUAAUGAUGGCGACAAAAUUUGUGGUUUGUUUGUUUUUGACAUGUUACGUGAUCGUGAAAAAUGUUGAAUCGGCUAAGCUCCAAGCUCUACCGUUACCAUCAUACAUCGGCAAAGGUUGUCUAAGGGACGAUCCAAACUUAAAUGAAUGCGUCGUGCGCAAAGGAGCUCCGGUAAUCGACCGUUUAGUCAAAGGUGACCCCAAGUACCGGAUACCGAAAUUGGAUCCUUUGGUCAUACCAGAGUUAACGAUAAAACAGGGUACGAAACAAGUGGGUCUGACGAUGACGUGCAAGAACUGUGAACUGCACGGACUGAGGGAAACGAGAUUCGUCAAAGCCAGAGUGGACGAGAAAAAAAGACACGUAGAAUGGGACUUUGAACUCGAUCAAUGUAUGUUUUUGGGACAAUAUUCUGUAGAAGGACAAGUUCUGAUAUUGCCAAUCAAAGGCGACGGAGACGCCAAUAUUACAGUUAACGGGAUAACAUUCACGUAUUUGUACGACUACGAUCUAGUCAAACGAGCGAAUGAAAGAGACUAUGUGGAUAUCACCAAGAGUGAAUUGAAGUUCAAUGCAAACGGAAUGAAAUUGAAAUUAGAUAAUCUAUUCAAUGGUGACAAACUUUUGGGAGAUAACAUGAACCUAUUUCUAAACGAGAACUGGCAAGAUUUACUUAAGGAGUUUGGACCUGCCAUCGGUGAUGCCUUCGGAACAAUUAUGAAAAACACGCUGGGAUCGGUGUCCGAUCUAGUGCCGUACGACUUUAUUUUCCCAACUAGUUAAUCUAUAUUUUAAGUCUCUACUCACCUAUUAUUAAUUAUUGUUAUAAGUUUUAACUUACAAACUUAAUAUGUACAUAUGUAUAUAUAUAUAUAUACCCGAGUUAAAUUGAUGUGUAAUAAUAUUAAUAUGUAAAUUAUAAUGUGAGCACUUAGGUACAAUAUAGUAAAUGAUUUUAUAACCAACUUCUAAAUUGCAAAAUACAUUUGCAUAAUAUAUAUAUUAAUUAACAACCAAAUAUACCUAACUGGUAUCAAUAUCUACAAAUUCCUCGGAUUAUUAUAUGUUUUUAAUUUUUCUCAUUACAAAUGUAUAUCAAUUAUUAAAUAUAUGGUAUUCUUAAGCCUUUUCGAAUAUGAAUAAAUAAUUUAAGUAUAAGUUAAGAUAUAGUUUAAAAUUUUCAGUAUCGCAUUAAGUUUACAAUUUUAAGAAUAGCUAGGUCAUAGGUAUAUAUAAAUUAACUUAUACAUUAUUAAAUCUUCAUAUAUAUUAAGCGCCAAAUUGGCAAGAUAUCUGCCUACUGAGUUUUCGAAUUUCUAACGUUUGAUUACAGCUGCUACAGCUACUAUAUGGUUUAAAUAAUAAAAUUAUAUUGUCUACCAUUUUUUGUACUAAUUUACACAAAACUAAAAAAUAACGGCCAAACACAAAAAAACAGGCCCAACGAGUUUUACUCGAUAGCUCGCCAGACCAAUUCGGCACUAUACAUAUUCACUUGAUCGUUACUUUUAUAAUGCUAACUUAAAACAAUAAUAGUUAUUAUUGUCUAAAAUUUAUUUCAUCAUAAUAUUAUAUAUGUAACAAUGUAACAUUAGUAUAUAAAUAUAGUAUAUAAAAAUGUAAUGUUAAUUUUUUGUAUUGCUUAUACCUACACAGCAAAAUAGUCUAAUUAAUAAAUACUUUUAGAAGACAACUAAUA